GUCACUACAGUCUGGGCGGUGACCAAACAACACUGACAGCGGUUAUCUGCUAUCACUAGUAAUAAACAAAUUUUACAUGAUCAUCGUAGUAGUUGAAGUCUCACGAUUUAUUCAUUUCCGUGAAAUACUGAUCUCGUGUGCCCACCGUUUUCUUGUAAUUUAAUCCCAGAUACGUGAUUUAGCUGUUGUACAAAAUGACAACAGUCAAAAGUAAAACCUUUAAAUGGUCGUUAGAUUUUACAAGAAACAAACAUGAAAAAUCGACAGACAAUGUAAGUCCACCAGGAUAUAGUCAAUUAGCUGGACAAAAUGGUACUGAACUGACAAGAGACAGUGAAUCGAGUAGACUAAUUAUUAAGAAAUCUUGGGAUCUAGCAUUAGGACCUCUAAAACAAGUACCAAUGAACUUGUUUAUUAUGUAUAUGGCCGGAAACUCGAUUUCUAUUUUUCCGAUCAUGAUGGUUGGUAUGUUGAUAGUAAGACCAGUCAAAGCCUUAUUUACACUACAAACGACAUUUAAAACCAUUGAAGGAACACAAGCUUGGGGUCAAAAAUUUAUAUUCUUCAUUGGAAAUUGCGUUAAUAUUGUUUUAGCACUAUAUAAAUGUCAAUCUAUGGGUUUAUUACCAACACAUGCAUCAGAUUGGCUUGCAUUUAUCAAUCAGCCUACUAGAAUGGAAUACUCUGGAGGUGGUUUUGUUUUAAGUUAAUCAAAAAUGUAUUCAAAGAAAUUUAUGAGCUAUAUUAUGAAACGGAAACGACAAUUUAACUGCCUCGUUUGGAAAUUGUGAUUAUAUCUCAAAGUUUUUUUAGGUAUAAUAUAUGUAUUGAAUUAUUUAAGAACACAUAGCAUAUUUUCGAUAAUUUUGUAUAAUUUUCACAACUUUUUUUAUUAAAUUAUUUACUGUAUAAUUUUAUAGUAGCAUUAAAUUUAUAAUAUUUUAUGAAUGUAGUAUAUGUAAUAUUUAAGUAUCCAAAAACAGCUAAUAUAUAUUGAAAAUAAUAGUUCAAGGGUGCCUUUAAAAAUAUAUAUUACAUAAUACUUAAAUAAAAAUUUUGAUUCAUGUUUUA